CCCAAAUCAGCCAGGAACCUACAUACUAGUUAUGCACCAUAUAUGCCACAUAAAGAGAAAGGGGCUGACAGACCAUCCAUCAUCCACUGAAGAGGAGGAGGAGGAGGAAACAGAAGAAAGACAAUUAAAUUAAGAAAGAGUAAAGGGUUGAAAAGAAAGAAAAGAGACGGAACUAUAGAAUACAGACAGAGAAGAGGAAGAUCAAAUCUACAUUCGGACAAUAAAAGAUGGCUUAUUUGUUGGGGAAUGGGCUGCUUGCCCACGUUCACCUGCUCUUCCUGCUGUUGGCCACCGGGUCUCAUGUGCAUCCUGUCCAUGGAGGUUUAAGGGCAGAGGGACUGGUUGAAGGCACCACAGAAGUGAUCAGUCACUCACAGGGGCUGGUGGCACGGCUGGAGGGCCUUCUGGUGCUGGGAAAUAACAGUGACAUUUCCCUACGUGUGGAAACGGUGGAUGCGGAUGAGGUCAAGGUUAUCCAAGCCCACACGCUAGUGCUUUCACUGCAGAGCCGAGUGUUUGAGGAGAUGCUGAGAAACCGCAAUAGUAGCAUGCUAGUGCUGCGAGAAACAGCAGAAUGCACUGCCGUGUUCGAGAAAUUCAUCAGAUAUCUGUAUUGUGGUGAACUCACAUUGCAGUUAGACCAAGCCACACCACUGCACCGACUAGCUACCAAGUACAGCAUCUCCAGCCUCCAGCAAGGACUAACCCAGUACAUGAGCCAGAAUCUGGCCAGCGAUUCUCUGGGCGGUCACGUGGUGGGCUGGUACCAGUAUGCCUUUUCGGUUGGUGACACGGUGCUGAGAGACAGCUGCCUUCAGUUUUUAUCGUGGAAUCUGUCAUCGGUGCUGCAGAGUCCAGAAUGGCCUUCGGUUAGUGUUGAAUUGUUAACGACCCUCCUGCAGCGCUCUGAUUUAGUAUUGAAGAACGAGCUGGAAUUGUUUGAGGCACUUGAAAUCUGGCUCACCCGGAAUGACCCAGACACCCUGACAGCAGAGAACACCCUUCGACUUGUGCGCUACGCCAUGAUCCCUCCACGCGAACUGUUUCGCUUGCAGCGACAGUCGGCGAUCAUGACGCGCUACCAUGAGUCGGUGCGUGAUCUUCUUUACAUGUCGUACCAGUUCCAUUCAGCUUCGCCGCUUCAGCUGGCCAAGUUCUUCGAUGUGAAUUGCAGCCUCUUCGUGCCCCGCAACUAUCUCUCAUCCAUGUGGGGAUCUCAGUGGGUCAUAAGCAACCCAGCACGGGAUGACCGCAGCACUAGUUUCCAGACCCAGUUGGGUCCGAGCGGUUUUGACUCCAGUAAGCGGGUGACAUGGAAUGCCCUGUUCUCGCCCCGCUGGCUCCCUCUCAGCAUGCGGCCCAUGUACACUGAGCAAGGUGCCAUGCAGCCACCGCGACCCGAUGGAGGAAGCGGCAUUGCUCGGCCUCGUGUCAUCAUCACGCCUGCUACUUCCAGUGCAGAUUUUGCAGGUGUCAGCUUCCAAAAGACUGUGCUCAUCUUGACAAAGCAGAAGAACAAGCUUGUGGUGCGACAUAUCUUCAGUUUCCACCAAAGCACAGAGGAGGUGGGGGAUUUCCUGCUUGGCGAGGACCUGCAAUAUCGCACGUCUGAGUACCUGGUGGAUGGAUCGCUGUACUGUCACAUCAUUGUAAAGCCUAUCUACCAGACUCUUAUAGCAACCAAGAAAUAAUGGAACAACAAGUACACUGAAGUAGAAUACAUUUUAGAUUUAGAAGGUCUAAAGUUUUAUUGGUGCAUGGAAGAAAAUGUUUAGGUCUAAUGUGAUUAACACUGAUAAUGUGCAUCUCCACUAUCCUUACUCUGGAAAAAAGUUUCGAAAAAUUAAAUGCAAUAAUCCACAUGUACAAAAUUGAAGGGAUAGUUGACACAGAAAUUAACAUUCUAUCAUCAUUUACUUUUUUUCUUUCUUCUUUGGAACACAAAAGGAGAUGUUUGGAGGAAUGUUAACGCUGCUCUCUUUAAUAUAGCGAAAAUGGAUGGAGAACAGGCCAUGUCAAGUUCUGAAAAGCACAAAAACACUACUAAUACUUCUUAAAAGUAUCCAUAUGAGGCAUGCAUGACAAGCUUUCUAAAUAAUAAUAUUAUGUGAAGAACAGACUGAGAUUUAAGUUGAAAAUUUUACCUUGUGGUCAAGAACAGCUUAGAAAAUCUGCUAUGAAUAUCUCCUUUUGUGUUCCAUGAAGGAAAGGAAAUAAAAAGUUUUGUAAAUUAUGACACAAUUAAAAUUUUUUGUGCAUUUGUUGCUUUAAUAUAGACCUGUGAUAUACACGUCCCAGAUAUAACAACUCAUAUCAAGGUUUUUUUUUUUCUUGAUUAGGCAGAACCCCUUUCCUUUUUAGGAAACUAAUUUAUGUGUAAUCACCACAACAUUCUUUCUCCACACUGGACUCAGUGGACAAAGAAAGAGAAAGUGCACAGAAUUGUUGAAUUUAGCAUAUUAUUGCAUAACGUAUAUUGCAAAAAAGAAACACAGGUUGCCACAAUAAAAACAUUAUUAUUAUUAUUAACAUUUGAAGUAUUAAUAUACUACGUUUAAAGUGUUUCAAGGUGCUUUUGUAAAUUUAAAGAGAAAUAUCACAUCUUUCAAACCUGUAAUGUCUUGAAACAUCAGACAGUUGUGCUGGUUAUUUAAUUAUUUAGACCAUUAAUUGAUGUUAUAAUUCUUAGAUAGGGCUAGUUAUUUUUCUGUAAUAUUCUGUGUCAAUACUAUUUUCUUAGAUCUGUUUCUUUGCAUGUUGGGAUCAUGUACGGUAUUUACUCCCCUGUGCAGACCACACAAUAAAAAGCAUGAUGCUUACAGAAAGUUUGAUUCUAUCAUUGAUUAUGUGGGUAAAGGAAAGUAGACCAGACUUCAGACACAUGGCCAUGAUGGUCUUCUUUAGGACAUUUUUAAAUGAAAUAACUAUAAAAAAUAUA